AUUUUGGACUGGAUGCUGCUUUAGGAGCAGAUGUCUGCGAGGGCCUCGCGUGCGCCCGAGGAGAGGAGAGCGCGCGCUCUUCAUUUCGUGCAUUUCGUGCACCGCACUGCUGGACGAACGAUGGCGAAGCAGUCAGCGCAAACGUGCGCUGAUCCUCCUCUUUUCCCAUGCAGCACGCUGCUCAUGAUGCCGUUGUUGUGUAGGUGGGCAGGGACGGCGCUGUGCUAGGAAACCCUUCUGCCCUGACUACGGCUGCAGCCUCCCUCAUCCUCCCCGCUCCGAGCAGCGCAUCCCGGCGACAUGGUGCAACUCCCGGCGCUCACGCACUACUGGCCCCUCAUCCGAUUCCUUGUUCCGCUGGCGAUUACCAACAUAGCCAUCGACCUCGGCGAACAGGCUUUGAACAGAGGGAUUGCGACUGUCAGAGAGGAUGCAGUGGAGAUGCUGGCCAGUUAUGGUCUGGCCUAUUCCCUCAUGAAGUUCUUCACAGGGCCCAUGAGUGACUUCAAGAACGUGGGCUUGGUGUUCGUCAACAGCAAGCGUGACCGGACGAAAGCAGUCCUGUGCAUGGUCGCUGCGGGAACUGUGGCCAUCAUUUUUCAUACUCUGAUAGCCUACACAGACUUGGGUUACUACAUCAUUAACAAACUGCACCAUGUGGACGAGUCUGUGGGCAACCGGACACGCAAGGCCUUUCUCUACCUAGCUGCCUUCCCCCUGCUGGACGCCAUGGCUUGGACCCAUGCUGGAAUCCUACUAAAACACAAACACAGCUUCUUAGUUGGCUGUGCAUCUAUUUCUGAUGUCGUAGCCCAGAUUGUGUUUGUGGCUAUCCUGUUGCACAGUCACCUGGAGUGUGUAGAGCCCAUGCUAAUUCCCACACUGUCUCUGUACAUGGGAGCUCUGGUGCGCUUUACCAUCGUUGGCAUGGGUUACUACCGCCAUAUUCAUGACAACAUCCCUGACUCCAGUGGUCCUGAGGUGGGGGGUGAUGCCACUAUUAAAAAGAUGCUGAGUUUCUGGUGGCCCCUAGCCCUCAUCCUGGCCACCCAGAGAAUCAGCAGACCCAUCGUAAACCUCUUUGUGUCCCGUGACCUGAAAGGAAGUACUGCUGCUACUGAGGCAGUUGCGGUUUUAACAGCCACAUAUCCAGUAGGUCACAUGCCGUACGGUUGGCUUACUGAGCUGCGUGCCGUCUACCCUGCAUUUGACAAGAAUAAUCCGAGCAACAAGCUGAAUAGUGCUGGUACAACCAAGUCCCACAUCAAGCGUUUCACCUUCGUCUGUCUGGCCCUGUCCAUUACACUCUGCUUUGUGGUCUUCUGGACACCACAUAUGUCCGAGGGGAUCCUUGUGGGCAUCAUCGGCGUGGACCAGGCCUUUGCCGAACUCUGUGUUGCCCCACUGCGAAUUUUCUCUUUCUUCCCCAUUCCAGUGACUGUGCGUGCUCACCUGACCGGUUGGCUGAUGACGCUGAAGAAGACGUUUGUCCUGGCGCCCAGCUCUGUUCUGCGCAUCAUUGUCCUCAUCACCAGCUUGCUGGUGCUGCCGUACAUGGGGGUGCACGGUGCCACUCUCGGGGUUGGGUCUCUGCUGGCUGGCUUCCUGGGAGAGUCUACCAUGGUUGCGAUUGCAGCUUGUUAUGUCUAUCGGAAACAGAAGAAGAAGGAGUGUCUUGGAGAGGAGGCUGCCGAAGGUGAGGACUCUGCCCCCAUGAACGAGGUCCGAUCCAGAGGUCCGAUGGACGACAUGGUGGAACUAAGAGAGGACGAUGAGGAAGACGAGUGAGCAGAGCGAUGAAGACACUCUUAAGUUGCAUGGGAAGUCCGCAACAAUCACAUGGGAAUUCUUACACGUGCAACUCUGCCAAUUAAAAAAAAUAAAUUAAAUUGUGUUCUUAA